AUGAAUAUUGAAUAUUUCAUUGAAGGCCUGGAAUGUCUAAUGUACUGCGGACAAAAAAUAACACCUGAGCAAAAGGUUUUAAUCGAAAAUUCGCUUAUAGUACUACAGAAUGAAAAUCGAUUCACAGGCAUGUACUUUUGGGGUCGCAUUAAUGCAAUAACUAGAGACUAUUACAUAGCUUUCGGCUAUACCCAGGAUUGCUUAAAAGACCGAAAAUUCUUUUACACCCUUGAUGGAUACCAAUGGAUGAUGUUGCCUUUUGUGCAUAGUCCGAAAAUUUUUCAAGCUACCAUUUUAUGUCGCGAACCUUUCAUAGGAGAUCCGAUUCUUGUAACAACAGUAGAAUUGGAUCCUACAUUUGAAAUCGAUGCUAACCAAAUAAUCUCUGCGAAUUUACCAGAGAAAGUUAAGCUAAAGGAAGAAGAGCGUCUGGCUGCCAUAGUAUUUAUUAUUACAGAGGAAUGUGCAGUUUGCCCACGUGGAGCCCUUUAUAAGCUUACGGAUGGACGUGUUAUACCCAACCAGAUGUUUCGUGGCCUAAACGAUUUGCAAGUUGAAAAUAUUUCCAACUACCAAAUACUUCGAUUACCACGAAACGAUUUAAAGCACAAUUUACUGAAGCGCAGUGAUUAUAAUUACGCCAUUGAUUUCUUAGACUGUAUAGCCGAUGUAAUACCGCUUCGUCAAGCAUUCUCUUUGAACUUAAUGAGAAAUGAACGCUUAAUAAUUAUAAAAUCUUGUCUCUGGCCCGGCAUGACAUUUUUUCAUAAGUUAAACUCACGCAAACAUGGUUUUCUUUAUUUUGGAGACGGCAAGAAAAAUUAUGAUCUACUCUUUAUGUACUAACAAUCUUUAAUUUCUUUUAGCUUUAGUUUUAACAAUUAAAAUAAUGGAUUUACCUACAUUAACUAUA